CGCUUCCGUAUCUUACAUGUAAUCUUCUUGUCUUGCCGGUUGACGAUGCAAACAAUGCAAUACGAACACAUCGCCAUCGCUUGCUGCACGCACCCCCGAGGCGCGCCCGGCUGACGCGACGACAAUGACUACCAUAGAUCCAGGCAUGGAAGAGACCGCGCAGCAAGUAGUAGAUGAUGACACAGAAACACGGCCGAGCAAGGCCCAAGCGGUCCAGGAUGAGGAGGAACCUGAGCCUGUGAACAGGUGGUGGUUCGCUUCGACUGCAUGUCCGCUGCUCGCGGCGACGUUUGGACCCAUAGCCAAUGGUUUCAGUGUCGGCGCUUUGGUAUACUCGUGGCGAGUAUACUUACCCGGCGACACUUUGGAAGCAGAGGGCAUAGCACUCCCUGACCCGCACUGGUUGCUGGCUGUCAAUGCUGUCUCACUGGCCUGCGCGCUCGUGGGAAAUGCCGCCCUUCUCCUCAACAUGGCCAAGCGUGUCAAGUUCUCAGUCGCUCAGCCCAUCACCGUCACUGGCUUCCUGCUGGCAGGAGUGUUGCUCAUUGCAGAUAUGGCUGCUCUCGCCUCGAGUCCGACGUACUUCAUUACCGAUCCGCGCGCCCAGCCAGCUUCGAGCCAUGCUCUCACCGAUGCUUUCUACUAUGCCAUGUUCGCUGCUGCCUUAUACAUCAUCGUGGGCCUACUCAUGGCUCUCACGAUAUACGGUGCUACCCAUGGCUACUACUCAAAGGAGUUUCAUCUCACCAACCCCCAGAGAACUUUGAUGGCGCAGACUAUGUCCUUCGUCGUGUACUUGCUUCUCGGAGCACUGGUGUUUAGCCAUAUCGAAGGUUGGCGAUACCUCGACGCGGUGUACUGGGCAGAUGUUACGCUCUUGACCGUUGGAUUAGGUGACUAUAGCCCAAAGUCCCGUCUGGGACGAGGUCUGCUCUGGCCUUUUGCUAUCGGAGGUAUCCUCAUGCUUGGUCUGGUGAUUGGCAGCAUUCGCAGCCUAGUCUUGGAACGAGGCGCGCAGAAAAUGGGAGCUCAAAUCACGGAAAACAUGCGCGCCAACGCCAUCAAUGGAGUAGAUCAGCAAAAUCAGACGAUCAAGGUUUCCUGGUUUGCAAAAGUAGACUUUCGCCUGUCUCCCGAUAUGAGUCCUGCGCAGAGGCGUGAGGCCGAAUUCAAUGUGAUGCGCAAGGUCCAGGCUGCGGCUGAACGCGAUCGAAGGUACUUUCAACUCGUCACAAGUAUGUCUUCUGUCGCACUUCUGUGGCUCGUCGGCGCGCUUGUCUUCGAACAUUCAGAGAAUGAGCAAGGAUGGACAUACUUCCAAUCAGUAUAUUUCUCCUUCGUAUCGCUGGCGACAAUCGGAUAUGGCGAUUUGACACCGGCCUCGAAUUCCGGAAAGGCUUUCUUCGUCUUUUGGUCCUUGCUGGCCGUGCCUGCUCUGACAAUCCUCAUUUCGCACAUGGGCGAUACCCUAUUUCAAACCUUUUCUGACAUGACAAAUUGGAUCUUCAAGCAUGUCUUGCCGCAGAAGAAUUUGCGAGAUUCCGCCCAGGCGACGCUGGAGAAAGCCAAGGAUCAGCUCCACAACUUUGGGAAAACGAGUCGUGAAGAGCAUAUGACUGCAGAUGAGCAUUGCAGGCAUGUUGUGCGUACGUUUUCCGAGCGAUUGGAAGCUCACAUUGACGAAGACGAGCUGAAGGAGCUCAGUGAAGCCAACCAGGAAGGACUGGGCGAUCUGCUUCAGCGAGACAUUCACUUCUACCACUUCGUCCUGGCCAGAGAACUCAAACGAGUGCAAGGCGACAUGAUGUCUGGCACAACACCCAAGCAGUAUUCUUGGCAUGAGUGGGAGUUCUUUCUCCUGCUCAUGGGCAAUGGCGCCGAUCAGGACGGGAAAAUGUUCCCCAGCCAGCGGAUUGCAGACGUCCUAGCACCGGCGGCCUUGCAAUACUCGGCCUCGCCAUUUAAAGCGGGCGGUGCUUUUAAUAUGGCAACCCGAGAAAAUGCCGAUGGCACUCCUCAAGGCCAUGCAUAUGAGAAACCUGAGACAGACGGCCUUGUAGACCGGGAAACCCAACGACAGCACAAAUGGAACACAGCACCACACAAGCGAGGUUUGAUGCGCAAGAGACCCACUGCCGAUCCAUUUGGCGAGUGGUCAUGGCUAGAUGAGGCAUCUCCUCUGAUGAGCUCGAAGUCUGAGAGCCAAUGGAUCGCGGAGAAGCUCUCUGCGGCUCUGGUGCGUGAGCUCGACAGAUCGAGAAGGGGGUCCCCAAGAGAGCCGCCCAUUGGCAUGAGGCAUAUCCGCAAAGGUCAGGACGGAUAAGACUGUACGUGAAGCUGGUACUACAGUUUCACCAUCUCCGGCCAUGACCAUGACCUCAUGCUCGAGGCUUGACGAUAGAUUUCCACUAUACGCAUCCGAUGGCAUCGUUUUUGCAUGGUUGUGCUAUGCUCAGCACAGGUUCACGUUAGCAAUACUAGAAUGGUCAAGCCACAUUUCAGCGAUCAUGUAUCGCUUGCACUGGC